AUGACUAACAACGUCCAACAAGAACAUAUUAAUCAACUUACUAAUAAAGGCAAAAUUAAAUAUUUAGAUAUUAGUAAUCGGGAUUUAAGUGGUGAUGUUGAUUUAAAAGAAUUCACAGCCUUAACUAGCCUUAAUUCUUAUAAUAACAAAUUUGAAAACUUGGACUUUUUAAAUACUUUACCUAAUAAAGACCAAUUAAAGAAAAUUAACUUUUUUGGAAAUCAGAUAAAGGAGAUAGAUUUAGCCGAAAUAUUGACAAAUUUUCCUAAUUUGGAAUACCUAAAUUGUGAAAAUAACCCGUUAAGUGCGAAAAACUUGGAAAAUUUGACUAGUGAACAAUUUGGCACUAUUUUAAUGGAUUUGUUGGAAUAUGCUCAGAAAUUAGUGGCCAAGGGAGAUAAUAACCAAUCUCAGAACGCUCAAUAUUUACAAACUCUUAUUCAGCAAGGAAGUUCGCCAGUUAAACCAAAUGAUAAGCAGUCUGGCAAUAAUACCCCACUUUUAGUAGGUGGAUUAGUUAUUUUUGGUGUUUCGGCUCUGGUGAUUGGUUAUUGA